GCACUGAUAUCAGAGAGAGGCAGCUGAGGAGCCAAGAGGGUCAGGCCCAAGAAGGACCUCCCCAGGGAGAAAGAAUCCCUCCAAUGUGCAUCCAAGUAUAUAAAACAUAUCCACGAAGUGAGGAUGUCCCUCCCUCUGCGUGACGACUCCUGCUGCCAGUGAUGAAGCCGCUUCUGAUCUUCGUGUUGGCUGGAAGCCUCUUCAUGCACCCAGCUGGUUCACUUAAGUGCUACACGUGUUCAAUGAAGCUCAAGAACAAUGACUGCCAACUACAGGAAACUUGCAAGGCAGGCGCGAACAUAUGCAAAACAGAAGUGAUUGGUGCUGCGGGCUUAUUCAACCUCAUCUCCAAAGAGUGUACUUCGUCAUGUGAACCAUACUUCAAGGACUUCACCGUGGGCAAGAGGAACAUCACCUGCUGCACCUCCGAGCUCUGCAAUGUCAAUGGGGCCAGUGGCAUCCGAAUGAGCUACAUCCUCCCAGUGGCCCUGGCUGUUGUGGCCAGCUUUGCCUCUGCCUUUCUCAGGAGUGGACUGUGAGGGGCGAGAAGGUGGGCUGGUUGCUGUGCAAAAGAGAAGACAAAGCUAGAUUCUUUCCCUUUUUAAAGUUACAUUCAAAGCCAA